GUAGUUUUGCGGCGCUUAUUUAAACAAGAAAUUCCAACUAACCGUGUUUUGGUGUUGUGAUUUCGUUUGGGCAAUUUAUUUAUAUCGAUUCUUUUGUUCAAUUAUCGACUACAAUUACAACGAAACUGUGAAAACAGCAAAAGAUAUAUUUUAUGGAGUCGUAACGUCCUCCCACUGAUUGUGUGCGCGCAGUUUUGAUAUCAGAAGUUUUGUUUCUAGACCGUAUCUUUAGGUUAUACUUAUAAUCGAGUAUGAAAAGUUUGCAUACGAAUCUCUUAAUAGUAAGGAAUUUAUACACCUGUAAUACCUUAUUCCGGGAAGUACCCCGAAAUUUGAAAGGGAAGAAGCACAGUUCCCAAUUAUGGCUAGCAAGACAGUUACAAGAUCCUUAUGUAGAAAUGGCAAAACAAGAGAAUUAUAGGUGUAGAAGUGCAUUCAAGUUGCUAGAAAUAAAUGAUAGAUUCAACAUAUUUAAGCCUGGGCAGACUGUGAUUGACUGUGGUGCUGCCCCUGGUAGUUGGACACAAGUUGCUGUUAAAAUGACCAAUGCGGAUGGCAAACACAACAGUGCCAUUGGGAAUGUAAUUGGAAUAGACAGGCUGCCAAUUUAUCCAAUCAAAGGUGCAACUUUGUUAAGUAGAACAGAUUUUACUGAUGCAGCAUCGCAAGAUAAAGUUAUGGAACUCCUAAAAAACAAUAAAGCAGAUGUAGUUUUAUCAGACAUGGCACCAAAUGCAUGUGGUAUAAGAGACUUGGAUCAUGAUAAUAUAGUGAAACUUGUAUAUGCUGCUUUGAUGUUUGCUUUAAAAACUAUGAGAGUAGAUGGAACAUUUGUUUGUAAAUUAUGGGACGGUGGAAAGUCUCAACAACUGGAGAAAGAUUUGUUAAGAUUUUAUAAAUCUGUUAAGACUGUAAGACCGCAAGCUACAAGAGAUGAGUCUGCAGAAAAGUUUUUUUUAGCUAGGAGAUUUAAAGGAGUAGAAGGUAUAUCCAUUGAUACAGUGUAACAUGUAGUUUCAUUAACGAUUAAGAUAUAUACAAUAAAAGGUGCUUAAUGGAUAAAAUGAUUUGUAACACAAUUGUGUACCAUGCCUGGACAGGUUGUAAAUAACAACAAAGUACAAUAUUUUGGUAUAAGACCAACAUCAAAUGAUUUUAUAACUUCUUCCAUUUGCAAUCUAGCAGACUCCUACACAACACGACAAAUAUAAUAUACAUCAAUAUAUUUAGCUAUAAAUAAUACAAUAGUAUUUAAAACAGUUACAAUUAAUACACAUUAAGAUGCUGGUAAUGCUUCUUAAUUACGCUGUAUAUACAAUUCUUCUUAAUAAAAUUAAUAUGUACACAAAUUAACAUUCAAUAUAUGAGAAAGAGGGAUUACACACCACAUCGAAGCAUACGUAGAGCAAUAAACAAUUACUGGCCACGAUGACAGAUACAUAAUUUCUUUCCUUAAUUGUAUGCGAUAGUCUCAUGUAAAAAAUUUCACUUCGUAUAAAAUCUGUACGAGUUUUGUGUUCCAAGGAAAAUUCUUGCACACAUAAAAUAGAAGAGGGAAGGAUUUCAAUGACGAUCUAACUGCUCCGGGUGUUACUUUCGAAGAAUUGACACGGAACAAUGAUAAUUUCAUGCAUCGAAAACAUUCAUACUAUAUGGAUACAUGUUUUUGUAAAUUUCGAUUCAAUUAUACUGGAGAGACAUAAAAUGUUGAAAGUUUACACGCACAAUUGCACAAACAUGCACACACUUUAUAUUCCUCCAUAUAAAAGUAAAUACGAUGAUUCACGCGAUGAAGCUGAAUGACAAUAUUUCAUUGCUUAAGAGAACAAUUUGCGUGACAGAUUGUGAUUUUGUGUUCUAUAAAUAAAUCAAUACCGCUAAAAAUCAGUCUGAUUCGAUAUACCAGGGUCACAAGUGUGUUUUGAGUUCGUGAACUCAGAUUCCGCGUUUACAUACAUACGCGAUGCACAGAUAUUUUGAAGGUGAUUUUUCACAGGUGAUGAACCUAACCCAGAUCCAACAUUCGAUCGCUUUACACUUUUUUCUUUUUAUUGCUAAAGCGAUAUCGAGCAACAGUAUAUCCUAUUCGUUGCGAAAAUUGGAUUAUCGAUGACGCAUCGACAAACUGUAAAGAAAUUGCUUCCGAUCUAUCCGAGUAUCAGUAUUGGGCUACGAUUUUCGGCGUACGAUUUCUUAUCUUGUAUACGUUCCGUUAACGAUUAAAUGAUCAAGCGCGACCUUGCCCGUCGUUAUUACAGCUCGUUUGUUUUCAUAACAGACGUUCCAUGUGUCGAUGUUCUCUGUAUAAUAGCGCGAUAUACCGGUAAAGUAUUUCUGGUUUGCGUGCCACGAGGUAUACGAUUCUGACGUAUAAAGAGUACGAACGUUAAAAAUAAAAAGAUUUUGCGAAAAUUUCGAAUCGUUACCGUUGUUUUACUUUUCGCAAAAUGGCAGAGAAUUUCGAUUUCCUUUUUAUUCAGUAACAGUUUACAAGAUUUUAAAAAAAGGGUUCAGGACUUAUUGUUAGAGUAUGUACAGUACAGUAAAACCUCUAUAAAUGCACCCUCGCGAGAAUCUCGUUUACUUAGCAACGAUCGAAGGCGGGAGCGGAAGUAACAGGUAGUAGAGCUACAUAUAUGUAUACUGGUGUAAAAGGAAUUCCAUAUUGGAUCAAUUAUCUCGAUCAUUGGGCGAGUUUUGUUACUUGCAGAAAUUUAUAGCGAGGUUCUACUUACUAAACUGACAAAAAAAAUUCACAAAGUAUACGAUUUUUACGUGCAGAGCACCUUUUCAACUGCGCGUAUUUUUGUUAAUAAAUGCGGUAAAAUUACGUGCAAAUACACGUAAGGGAAUGAAACUGCCCUGAAAGAUUCGACCCUCCGCGAAAUAAAGUAAUUCGUUUACUUUUUUAUUAAUUUUUCUUUUUUCACUGAUAUGUACGCAAUAUUAUUUCCCGCCAAAAACCAUAACAAAAUGUGUUUUGAAAACAUCGUCGCGUCGUCGAUGAUUUUGAAUAUAGCAUCGGAGGGGUGAAGCUUUGCAGGGUUAGUUUCAUCCUUUAACCCCCUGACGUAUUGAAAAUUAUUAAACUUAACACGCUUCUUUCCGACACAAAUGAGAUUUUUUAAACCGCAAAACAGAUAAACACGUGUCAAGUCAUCUUGUAUUAUUUUUAUGACGAACGGAGUAAUAUAUGUUAUUAUUAUCCUAUGAAUACGUGUCCCUCAUUUUUUAAUACUUGCUACUAUGUUAAUUAAGCAUUUUACAUAGAGUUUAAUUAGUACCAGAUACUUCCAAAGUCUUAAAUAUUUUGUUUCGAUCAUUCUGAACACUUGAUUAUAGAAAGCUCUCCUCGCGGUGUCCAGUUGUUGGCUGAAUUUUAACACCCGUUAUUACGUAAUCUGUUUCAGUUCGCUAGCUUAUCACUUUCUCUGCCUAAAGUAGUACUGACUUUUCCCUUAUUAACAUAAUACCGUAUCGAGUAUACGAAAGCCUCUAAAGGUAUUGAAUUUUGUUAAAUGAACUCUUACAUCGAAGCAUUAACUCUACAAGUACAAUUUGAUUAAAGAGCAUUUUGGAUUGCUGAUCACAUGACUGAGGUCACACGAGUUAAAAAACGCAACACGAGAAAAAAAGAAAGAUCAACGUGAUCCAUGGAAGUAAACUCAUUGUUCGUUCAUUGUCGUAGUACAAUCUUCCACGAUAUUAUUGCUAUCAAUAUGGUUGCGUUAGAAAAGACGUCGUGUGAUCUUAACUUUUACACGAUUAGUUCGAGGAUAUUCACGCUAUUAAUACUAUCAAUCUUACUAACAGAAGAUCCUUAAUCGAUAAAUUAGGCCUACGUAAGUUUUCUUCGAACGGAAAUUACGAACUGUUAUAGCAAAGUAUAAAAAGAAAAAGAAUCUACGUAUACAGUGGGUGGAAAGAGUAUUUUCACGUUCAGGUAUUUUGCAAUAACUUUCAUCGAAGAAAAACAAUAACGCUGAUAGGUAUUUUAUUCGAUAACUCGAUAACAAUUACAAUACCUUGAAAAGUAAUCGAAAACGUAAAUCUGAUAGUCAACAAACUAUUCCCAAAAUGGCUAUUUCUAAAUGGCUUUGAAACUAAAUUAAAAGAUGCAAAUAAAUCUUUUACAGUAAUGUAUUUCAAGGAUUUCAGAACAUCAGUUUCUCUACAAGAUCAAAUUAUUUUGUUUCGUUCUAGAGGUGAAA